CUUAAUUCUUGCAGCAUCUUACAGUCGUCAGGCUUAUCACUACAUCCGCCGACAGAAGAAUUAUCAAUACUACCAUUUCUAGAUGAACUCCGUCCGAGCAUUGCAAAGACUGAGACUUCAAGCUUCCCAUUUAACGAGAUCAGCCGCAAAGCCAGCCAUCUUGGAAACAAGAGCAGCACCGAGGCCAACAAUGGCAGCAGCUACCGAUUUGAAGACCUACAAGUUCAACCACUCCAUGAUCCGGGUGAAGGACCCGAAGGAGUCUGUCAAAUUCUAUGAGUUCCUUGGAAUGAAGGUCAUCAAGAAGGCAGAGUUCCCUGAGGCAAAGUUUGACCUGUAUUUCUUGGGUUAUGAUGGCCCCGGCGCGGUAUCCCACGGCAAACACGUCACCGACCGAGAGGGGCUCAUCGAGCUCACCCACAAUUAUGGGACGGAGAACGACCCGGAGUACAAGGUCAACAACGGCAAUGCAGAGCCUCAUCGUGGCUUUGGACAUACCUGCAUCAGUGUUGACAAUAUCCAAGCCGCGUGCCAACGACUUGAAGAUGCUGGAUACAAAUUCCAGAAGAAGCUCACGGAUGGGCGCAUGAAGCACAUUGCCUUUGCACUUGAUCCCGAUGGGUACUGGGUCGAGAUCAUUGGACGCAAGCCAAUCGAGGAGACCGAGAACCUCAAGGAGACGGACGUUGGAACCUACAGGAUGAACCACACCAUGAUCCGAGUCAAGGACGCAGAAAAGUCUCUGAAGUUCUACCAAGAAGUGCUGGGCAUGUCUCUCCUGCGCGAGGCAGGCAACCCCUCCGCGGGGUUCACCUUGUACUUCCUCGGGUACCCGGGGGAGCAAGGCCUUUCAGAGGACGGCAAGACCGCCGACCGCGAGGGUCUUCUGGAGCUUACUUGGAACCACGGGACCGAGAAGGACGAGAAGUUCAGCUACCACAACGGCAACGACCAGCCCCAAGGCUUCGGUCAUAUUUGCGUCACGGUCGACAGCGUCACUAAGGCCUGUGAACGGUUAGAGAGCCUCAAUGUUAACUGGAAGAAGCGACUCACGGACGGCCGGAUGAAAAACGUGGCAUUCGUGCUCGACCCGGACAACUAUUGGGUCGAGAUUGUUGAGAAUGGGGACCUGUAGGGGAUGGCGACAUCCUGCCACCUCGCGAGAGAACCUCGCUCCGCCUUCAGGGGGGAGCUGUUUGCGAUGAACUGUCGUUCCUGUACAUAGACAGCCUCUGUCCGCGGUCACACGGACACAGAGGACAGACCUGAAUGACGAGGCGUUUGCAGC